AUGCAGACAAGCACACCAUCAAGCACACAGAAAAAAGUAGUGGCACGAAGUGAAUGGGAAAAAAAGUUAUCUGAAGUAGAAGUAAACAAAAGAGAUCUGAAUAAGCUCGUUAUGAAUUAUCUUGUAAUUGAGGGUUAUAAGGAUGCAGCAGAAAAGUUUAGUCAAGAGUGCGGAUUACAGUUGGACACAGAUUUGGAAUCAAUACAAGAUAGAGAGCUUAUUCUUAAUGCAAUUCAAAAUGGCAACGUUGAAGAGGCAAUCGAACGAGUGAACGAUCUUAACCCAGAGAUACUCGAUACACACCCAAAACUGUACUUUCAUCUUCAGCAACAACAAUUAAUUGAAUAUAUUCGCCAAGGAAAAAUAGCAAGGGCACUCGAGUUUGCUCAGGAAGAGCUUGCUCCUCGCGGGGAAGAUAAUCCUGAAUUUUUAGAAGAACUCGAACGAACAAUGACCCUUUUAGCUUUUGAGGAUAAUAACCAAUCACCGGUGGGUGACCUGCUCCACCCUGCACAACGACGGCGCACAGCACGUGAACUCAAUGCAGCCAUUCUCACAUCGCAAAGUCAAGAAAAGGAUCCCAAGCUACCGAGUCUGCUGAAAAUGCUGGUUUGGGCACAGAAUCAGUUAGACGACAAGAUGUCAUACCCGCGAAUUAAUAAUUUGGCAACUGCCGAGCUGGUCGAUAAUGAAGACACCACCCUAUGA